AGGGUAUGUGUAAACGUGUGUGUAUUUCUAUGUAUACGUGUGUGCUUGAGCCCAUUCGCCUCUCUCUCUCUCUUUGUGGUCUCCCUUUCUCUGUGUGUGUGUAUGUGUCGUGUAUACGCUUAUACACGUGUAUAAUGUAUGGUUUACGUGUACAGUAUAUGUGUACGUGUGUGUUUAUAUAUGUGUGACACAUCUCUCUCUCUUUCUCUAUAUACGUGUGCUGGAAAGUGAGCGAGAUGAGGUCGUGUGUGAGCGAGGCGGGAACCGUUCCUUCUUCUCCGUAGUAUGAUGCGAGACGCCACGCGAGCGUCACGUUACGCGCGCCGACUCUCUGCUUUGCGUUUUCUUUUUCAUUCUCACUUCCGUUCUCCGUAUUCUUCUUAUUAUUCUCCAUCUUAUUCUUAUUCGUUUACAUCGUCGUCGUCGUUGUCGUUGUCGUCGUCGUUGUCGUGUAGUGGUGCGUUGUAGUGAUAAAUGAUAUCAGUGAGAGAGAAAGAGAGAGAUGAAAAGUUUACGUUUCUCUUUUCAUUGAACACGUGUCUUCUUCUACUUUUGAUUUCUUCUUUUUCUUCCUCUUCUUUAACUUUUAUUUCUUUCCGUUUCUUCUACUCUUUCUUUUCCUUCUUCUUCGAAUACGCACGUGUUACGUGUUAGUAGUGAACCUACAUACGCGUUGUUGUUAUUGUUGUUGUGUUAUUGUUAUUGUUGUUGUUACUGUACGAGUUGCGUGUUCCGCGUAGUACCUGUUCGGUUCACCUGCACGAAGUAUUUACCUACCGUCCGCAGACACAACCACCAUCGCCACACAACCAAUACCAUCAUCACCAUCACCGGGUGGUGAUCGAGCGCGGAAGUUCAAUCGCCUUACCCUUACUCGCGUGUUUCUUUUUUUGCCCUAAGGGGAAAAGACGAAAAGAAAAAGAAAAAACAGAAGAGAAAGAGAGAGAGAGAGAGAAAGAGGGGGAGAAAUAAAAAGAAAGAAAAGAAAAAAAAAAUAACAAGAAUCGCGUAGGUGGUUUGGUUGGUUGGUGAACGGGCUGAGUUCGUGUAGUAGUUCGAUUUCAAAGUUUUUUAACUUCAGCGGUGAAAAGUAUAUCUCUUCCUCUUUUGCGUGCGUGUGUGUGUGUGUGUGUGUGUGUGUGUGUGUGUGUGUGUGUAUACGCACACGCGCGCCUGCGUGAGUACUUACGUGCGUGUAAAGUGUAUGCGCGUGCGCGUGCCUCUCUUCUUCACCGUCAUCGUACGUUGUGUGUUGUUUCAUCCUCUCCAUCCCUCUUCCCCUCAUCCCUUAUGUUUAUGUGUAUGUGUCAAUAGUGCGACGAAGUUUUAGUGAAAUAUGUCGAAGGUGAUCGGAAAAGUUUCGUCGUCGAGACAACGAGCCCUUCUUCGGAUCUUUUCUCGAGAAACGUUAGAUGCUUCUCGAAGACGAUUCGACGAUCUCUAUUCUUCUUCUUCUUCUUCUUCUUCUUCUUCUUCUUUUUCUUCUUCUUCUUCUUCUUCGUCGUCGUCGUCGUCGUCGUCUUCGUGAUCGUUGACUCUUUCCUUGUCACGGACAAACGCGACGAGAGUUCCAUCGCGAUAUAACAGACUCGCAAGGACGUGAGACAAUAAUUAAUAAUAGUAUCGAACGUUUAGUAUAUAAAUAAAAGUUUAGUCUUCGAUGAUCCACGGAUGCGAGCGUACCACGUACUUAAUACUUAUCUCGCGCGUGAAAACGAGUGUAACUAGUUUUCUUUCUUUUUUCUUUUUUUUUCUCUUUUUUUUUCUCUCUCAGUGGUCAUUCUUUCUCUCUUCCUUUUUUUUCUAUUUUUUUUUUCUUCGAAUCGUGCGUCGGUGUUCGAUGACCGGUUCAAUACGUUUUCUAACGUAACGAUUAACCGAUUCGAUCGACGAAGUAGACACGAAAAAGGAUCAUCGUCCUCUGUCCGUCGUAAAAAGGAAAGCGCGAAUUUUCUUUCUUCGACAUGGAUUAUCGACUAUUGUCCGAUACCAACAACGGCAAUAACAACAACAACAAUUAUCCUACACAUCACCAUUGGUUUCCGAAAAUGUGUUCCUGUCUCGAUGGCGGGUCCACAAUAACCGGUGGACGAUCCGCUGCACGUGCUGGAAGUUACGAACGACUUGGUUCAGCACCUACGAUUUUCGAAAUCAGCAGCAUGAUGCAGAGAGCUCGAAGAAGAAUAGGCCAUCGCGAGGAGGAUAUCUUAGACAGUGAGAGACAGGAAGAGCUACGAUUCUAUAACGACGACCAAACUUGGACCGCCGUGGUUGUCGAAAAGAAUCUACGUACUAUCGAUCUCUGUGAACUUCUUAAAGUCAAAAGAAACGUCUCUGGAAUCGCUUGGUCCGUCGUGGAAACCUGGCCGGAACUAGGAUUUGAACGUACACUAGAGGACCACGAGGAUAUAUUAGCGGUUCAUAGAGAAAUGGAAAUGUUUGCGCCGCAUCACGAGAGAAAAUUUUACUUUCGUCAGGACUUUCUUAAAUACGAGUUCUUCAUUAACCCAAAGCAAUUCUUCCCAACGGACAUGGUCGCAUUCCCGCACGACGAAGACAGGGGGACCUUCUGCGAAGUGGAAAGUGCCUUAAGGAAUUACCUGUCGCGCGAAGAUGGCGAGUGCCCGCAGGUGUUCAGUUCGGUUUGGAUGAGGGACGAGCUCUCGAACACUUGGAGAAAAACUUAUAUGCUGUUACGAGAACGGAAACUCUACACGACGAAGAAGAUUAGCGGAACGUUCCCGAAACGUCCAUCGGAAAACGACCAGCUAAACCCCCUCGCUCAUCUGUCGGACUAUCACAUAUACAGAAUUCCAAACGCAAGGAGGUGUUUUAACGCGCCCUUCGAGUGGGGCGCCUGUCUGAGGCCAAGAAGCAACGCUGAGGCCGAAGACACGGAGGGUGGGGAGCACGGGCUCAAGGUCAUCGCCUUCCACAGCGAAAAGGCACGGGCUUGUUGGCUUACAGCCAUGAGGCUCGCAAAGUACGGCAAACAGCUCAGGGAGAACUACAGAGCAUUCAAAAAUAAGCAGUGCGAACAGUCGUCCGGUGGUAGCCCAAAGGAACAGUACAGCAGUUACAACGUCACCAACGAAUCGGUACGAUCCCGUGUUGCGAUGGACUUUACCGGUAGCGUCGGAAGGAUAGUAGAAGAUCCAAAGGAAGCAAAGGACAUAGCCGAGAGCGAAGGUAUAAUCUGGCGACGAAGAUGGAGGCCGUUCUCGCGUACACCAUCUGGUUGUGCGAUGGUCAGGCUCCAUGGUCUCGAUGGUGGUAUACACGUUCUCCAACCUUGGUUUCAUGGUGGCCUCAAGAGGGAGAUCGCGGCUGCCAUUAUCAGGGAUCAUGGUUCGGUCGACGGAGUCUUCCUGGUUAGAGAGAGCAAAAGCAAUCCGGGGGCCUACGUUUUGACUUACAAGUACAGCGACAAGGUCUUUCACGCUCAGAUCCAACCGGUAUUCGAUGAGAGACGCAACUGUUGGCUCUAUACUCUCGACAAGGGCGCAACAAAGUUUUACGAUCUUCUCCAGCUGAUCGAGUUCUACCAACUGAACGCGGGCUCUUUGCCGACUCGUCUGACCCAUUACGUACAAAAUGGCGUGCCUGCGCCGAUUCCGAGGCCCGAGGACGGCGGUGCUUCACCGUCGCCGCCUGAAGCCAAUCAAAGAUUCAGUGGCAAGCCAGAUCCGUCGGGCAUUUGAGUAUAGGAGAACCAGCGACCCGGUGCCGCUAACGUCGAACGUGUUUCAAGCAGCAGAAUCGUUACCGUUCGUUCUAACGCCGACGACAAUGAUAACAACGACAAUGAGAACCUUCUCGUUAAUAACAAUAACAACAUUAGAAAUAACAAUAACAACAGUAUCGAUGUCAACGUCCUAUCGCAUGAGCCAAGACGUAACACGACCAUACAAAAUAGCGCUGCUGCUGCUACUACCACUAUCGUUGCUGUCGUCGACGUGGUCGAGAAUCAUCGGCUCGAACGACGUCAACGUUACAACGUUAACGACGAGAAUGUAUACAAAUUGAACGGUAACUUUCGACAACAACAACAACAACAACAACAACAACAACAACAACAACGUUCGACUCCGCGAUCGGGUUGCUGGAACCUUUGCCUUUGCAGCUACAAGUGGGACUUGUAGCUUCUCUUCCCAACAAAGUAAACUUUACAGAAUCUUAAAGACCUCGUCCGUUUUUUUGCUCUCAUCCAGAGACGAUGCGUCCUUUCGACGCCCUCUCUCUCAUUAAAGAAGAUGAAGAUGAAGAUGAAGAAGAUAAAGAUGAAGAAGAAGAAAAUGAUGAAGAUGAAGAAGAAGAAGAGGCAUUUUUAAGAGGCUCUAUACUAACUUUCUCAAUCGAGUUUGCCGUUGCUAAUGCUGCUGCUGCUGCUGCUGUUGCUGCUGCUGCUGCUGCUGCUGAUGAUGAUGAUGAUGAUUAUGAUUAUGAUGAUGAUAAUGAUUAUGAUGAUUAUGAUGAUGAUGAUGAUGAUGAUGAUGAUGAUGAUGAUAAUGGGUAGGACGUGUCGUCGUCGUCGUCAUCGUCUUUGGGGAAAGCGAAUUUUAGCCGUGUUAACGGACGUGAUAACUCGAUGUUAUUAUUAUAUCGAUCUUUCGACCCUCCGUCGAUUAAGAAGGAUCAAAGCAGGGAAAUAAUCGUCGAAUAUAGUUUCGUCUUUUUAACAAGACGAAGAUGGAGAGAGACAAAUAUAUAUAUAUAUAUACAUAUGUAUAUGUAUGUAUGUAUAUGUAUAUAUAUAUAUAUAAUACGUUCGUACGGAAGACGAACAAGAUUUCCUUUGUUUUUUUUUUUAUAUAUAUAUCCCUUCCGAUAUAUGGGUUAUUUUCUUUUUUUAAUUGUCGUCGUUUUGUCGUCUCUGUUAUUCUUUUUUUUUCUACGGCUUCUCUUCGUUUCCGACCAAUGAGUUGCUGCUUCAUAGAGAAUGAAGGAAGAAGAAAGAAGAGAGAAGAGAGAAAAGAAGAAAAUCCAUCGCAUAUUCUUCU